AUGGCUAUUGCUCACGGGGCAGGCGCCCUCAGUCCUGUCAUUUAUCCUGAUUAUGAUGCUGAAGCUACUCUCCAGAGAGAGACUGCACUAAGUGUUGCAAUCGAGAACAACAAGAUCGAGGUUGCACGAUAUCUCCUCAAGGCCUGCCACUCAAUCGAAAACGUCUGGGCUGAGAAGAGCUAUCUUCUUCACUCAGUCAAGUGUCCCAAGCUCAUGGAAGCCCUUCUCGCCGGAGGGUUUUCCAAUGGAGUCAAUACCUUGGGACAGCCAGAUACGUGGAACAACGAUGACGUGACCCCAUUAGUUGCGGCUAUUGAGCAAAAACAUCCUGUCAGCACGAUUCGCACACUGCUGAAGUUCGGGGCCGACCCCAAUUCGAAGAACGUAAGUUCAAUGCGCCCGAAUGUGUCUGCUUUUCAUAUUGGACUCAAGAGCGACCAAGCUCCAGUGGUAAAGACACUGAUAGAGCACAAUGCAGAUGUAAACGAGGCCGAUGGACCGGAACCCUGGUCGAAAACUCCUCUAGGUACCGUUCUUCAACAGGCCCGUUCGUUCUGCGAUGAGAUCGUAGCCUUACUUUUGCGCCACGGAGCUGAUCCAAACCUGUCCACACGAGAACCCGGCGCUGGAGCGAACCCCAUCAUGCUCGCUACCUCCCCAGACGUCCUGCCUAAGACGUUUGCACGUCCCCUCGCCAAAGGUGCACACGUUGAUGAAGAAGUACAAUUCGAACUUGAGCAUGUACUUCGGUCAACGAAAAGCGAUGUCCUGCGGUGGGGCUCCACGUUUCCCGGUCAGGCUUGGCGGUACACAGAUCAUAAGCUUCAAAUACUUCGUCAACAUAGUGAAGGUCUGCUAGAACAGACUCAUUGGAUCUAG